UUCUAUAUCGGCGCUUAGCACGUGUAGAACGCACGUUGCUCAAAUUUUGUUAUUUAAAACGCUAAAUUACACAGCUCACCGAUGGUGCCGAACGAGAAAAGCUUCCCCCGAGGCGGGACAAUCCACACCGAUGCCAAGGCCUCCGACAUCAGCUCGAAUAUCGUUUUUGGUGCCUCGCAGAAGAAGGUGAAAAAGGCUCCGAAGGUGAAAGACAAUUUCCUGAGCGAGGAAACCGAGGAACAAAAUGGCCAACUGGAGGCCUUCUCCGCGGAAACGCUCAAUAUGGACACGCUGCAGGAGGACAUGCUGGUCAUGGGAGUGGUCAAGGAGACGACAGCCACCGCGCUGCAGAUCGCCUUGCCCGGCCGGAUGUUCGCGCGCACCAUGGUGGCGGAUAUAUCAGAGGCCUACACGCGCGUGGCCAAGGCGGCCAUGUCCGGCGACACCAGCGAGUACCACGACCUAAGCGAGCUGUUCCAGGUGGGCCGCAUCGUCUACGGCAAGGCCAUCAAAACAGAGAAACUGGGCACCGGUCGGGUUAGCUUGCUACUCUCCCUCAAGCCGGCCGAUGUGCACAGUAGUCUGCAUCACAAGAGCAUUAAGAAGGGAUUCAUCUUCUCUGGCGCCGUGGCGGAGAUCCAGGAGCACGGCUAUGUCAUCGAGUCGGGAGUACAAGGACUGCAGGCGUUCGUGCCCUGCGAGGAGCCAGCACAGAAGCUGCACGUGGGGCAACUGGCAUUCCUGAAAGUCAAAAGCGUUCAUCACGACACCCACCAAAGCACCUGCACCUGUGUCCAGGUGGAGCAGGACCAGCUGCGCAUCAAGAGCCAAAACGAGACGAAUCUCGACUACAUUCUGCCAGGCAGCAUUGUGAAGUUUAAGGUGGCCAAGCACCUAAAGGACGGCCUCAAAGGCAGCAUCAUGAACGAAUCCUUUAGUGCGUACAUCAACGAGCACCACCUGACUAACGCUUUGGAUACUUUGGAUGCCUAUGAGCUGAAUGAAGAUUACAAUGCCAGAGUGCUCUACGUGAUGCCCCUAACGAAACUGGUGUACUUAACUCUUAAUCUUGAUGUCAAAACUGGAGUGGCAGCAGAAAAAGAUCAGGAUGAGGAGGAGCAAGAGGAAGAGCCCCUCAAGGUGGGUUCCGUGGUGGAGAAAGCCAAGGUCCUGCGCCUGGGCAGCGGUGGAGUGGUGCUGCUGCUUAACAAGAAACUGAAGGGCAUUAUCUCCUACGGUUCCAUUAGGGCCAACUUUAAGGGAAACUAUGACAAGGACGAAGUGUUGUCCAAGUACGGAAGAAAAACCAAGCAUAAGGUUCGCAUCCUAGGAUACGAUAUCAUCGAGUCCUUGUACUACUGCUCCGAUGAUCCCAAUGUGGUCAGCGAAAAGCUGUACUGCCUGGAGGACAUUAAUGCCGGCGACCUGGUCACAGCGAAGAUCUUCAAGAAGGACGACAAGAUCAAGGGCUGGUCGGUGAGGAUCGGCAAGGUUAACGGAAUACUGGAACAGUUCUAUCUUGCACCCAAUGUCCGCUACGAUGUGGGGCAGUCGUUGAAGUGCCGCGUCCUGGAAGUGAAUGCCGAGCGCAAGAUCUGCUACGUGAGCAAUCGUAGCGAGUAUUUGGGCAAGGGAAUAAAACUUCUGACUGAGUAUGCGUCCGCUCACGUUGGAAACGUAUAUGUGGGCACUGUGGUUCGAUGUGAGGACAACUAUGUACUCGUCAAGUUUGGCAACGGCAUCAAAGGAGUCUUGCACAGGCAGAAUCUAAAGGAACAUAGCUCCUUCUUCGAGGGACAGACAACCAAAUUCCGCAUUCUGACGCGCAACAAGGACCAAAUCACUUUGACUCUGCCGGAGGACAAGUUCCAGCUGGGUGAGAUCUGUCCCGUUGAGAUAACCAAUGCCUUAGAUGCUGGACUGGAAGUUAAAAUAACCUACGCCGCCGACGAUGACGAAGAGGAUGAAGACGGGAAUCCCAAGCUGGAGGAGUUCGUGGGCCUAAUACCACUGCGAUUGAUGUCCGAUCACCUGGAGCUGCUGCACGCCCAAAUGCGUGUCCAUCCCGCGGGCUCCUACACCGAAGCGGCCUGCAUUAUGCAGAACAUUUUCAGCUUGCGAGAUGUCCCCUACUUCAGUGGCCAGGUCACCAAGGAAUGGCAAUCAGUUCAAGUGGGAGACAUAAUACGCUCUUAUGUGAAGCACGCCACCGAGCAGGUGGUGGACCUGAUGGUGUGUGUUCGGAACUACAACAAGCCUGUUAAGGUUCACGUUAAGAUGCUUCGUCUGAAUGCCGUGAAGAAUGCGCCCGUGGAGCUAGUUCCAGAGCAGCUACUUUUGGUGAAGGUACUCAGCAAGGAGGUGGAAACUAAGACGCUAACAGUGUCGGCCAAGCUUACGGAUGUCUGGAGCGGGGAUCUUAGUGAUACUGCAAAACUGGUCGAAGGCUAUUUGAAUGAAGUGGCGCAAAUAAAGACAGCCCUUGAGGAAGCCUCUGCUCCAAUUUCGAAAUACUCCGUUGGUGAGAAAAUCAACGUGGUGUUUAAGGGCAUCGAUGCGACCUCCCAUGACUGGGUAUACACAGUGGAGGGCAAUGCCAAGGUGUCCGCCCUGCUGGUCUCCAGUUUGGCUGGCACUGCCAAAGCUCCUGAGACGGGUAGCAAGCACGAGGCAGUUAUUCUGUGGGUCGACUACUCCAGCGAUGUGCUGCUCAUCAGCAACAAGAAGCUGGACAUUGCGCAUAUUUCACCAAGCGGUGAACUAUCCACGAAUCUGAUCGGCAAGGCUGGCAUGAAGGCCAAGGUGCUGUUGAAACUGGAGUCCGUAGCAGUGUGCUCGCUGAAGAAGGGCACAAACCCGUUGGUCAUCUGUCCGAUUCGGUUGCACCCCAACGAUUUGGAGAACUCGGGAAGUGCCGAACUGCGUCAAGGAGAUUUCUGCAAUAUAGCCUUCAUCCAUGACAAGCUGCAUAUCGCAGUGCCAGAGACUGUUUGGCGUCUCUGGAGAGGAGUGAAGAGAACGGCGGGCACAGAGGCUGCUCCUGUAAAAGCCAAGAAGGCAAAAGUAGAGGAGUCACCCAAGCAGAAGAAGGCUGCAAUUGAGGAGACUUCAGCAAAGAAGAAAGUCAAAGCGGAAGUUAACGCGGAAACUAAAACGAAAGUAAAAGCGGAAACUAAAACAGGAGUUAAAACAGAAACUAAAACGAAAGUUAAAGCUGAAACUAAAACGGAAGUUAAACUGGAAACUAAAUCAAAAGUUAAAGCAGAAACUAAAACGGAAGCUAAAGCCACACCCACCAAGCGAAAGGCAGAAGUGGUAGAAACAAUUACCAAUGGUCAAAAGAAGACGCAACCCCUGACCAAUGGCGUUGUGAAAGAGAAACCCAAGCAGAACGGCAAGCUCUUCUUCGAGGAUAAAACUCCAGCCAAGAAUUCCAAGCCCGAAACACCAAAAACCAAUGGAGUAGAAGGCAAGUCGCGUUUGCCCGGAGUGUCUAGUUUCUGGGAGGAGGAUGUGAACCAAUCCAAGGAAGCUUCCAGCGAUGAAGACGAGGAGCUGAAUGAGGCGGAAACACAAAAAAAUGCAGCUAAGAAGAAACGCCUCAGCGCCAAGGAGAAGGCCAAGGCGGAGGUCAAGGAAGAGCAGCGACUGCGGGAGAUCGAGGAGCGUAAUGCCGAUCCCAAGGCACGUCUGGAGACAAUCGACCAGUACGAGCGACUUGUGAUUGCCCAGCCAAACAACAGCAUAUCCUGGCUGAAGUACAUCGCUUUCCUUUUGUCCAACACGGAGAUUGAAAAGGCUCGCGACUUGGCUCGAAGAGCGAUAUCAACGAUAUCCUUCCGGGAAACACAGGAACUGAGGAACAUGUGGAGCGCUCUACUGAACAUGGAACUCGUCUACAGCAACAACUUCGAUGAUGUGCUCAAGGAAGCCCUCAACUGCAAUGAUCCUUUGGAGAUCUACAUUAGUGUUGUAGACAUCCUAAAGAGGAACAAGAAAAAGGACCGACUUUCCACCGUACUGACCACAAUCCUCAACAAGUUUAAAACGGAGCUCAGGGUGUGGCCCGUGGCCGCCGAGGCGUACUUCUGGCUGGGCAAGUCCGACCAAGUACACAAUCUGCUCCAGCGCGCAUUGCGGGGUUUGCCAAAUCAAGAGCACAUACCCUGCAUUGUGUCCUUUGCCAAGCUGUAUGCGAAGCACGAUAACAAUGACAUGGCGCAGACGCUGCUCGAUGAUGUAGUAACUUCCUAUCCCAAGCGAAUCGACAUCUGGUCGGUAUAUGUGGACAUGCUAAUCAAGGGAGGUCUAGUCGAUUCCGCGAGAAACGUUUUGGAACGUGCCGUGUUGCAAAAACUGAAGCCAAACAAGAUGCAAGUCAUCUACAAAAAGUAUCUGCAGCUGGAAGAGAACCACGGCACGGAUGCAACAGUGGCCAAGGUCAAGCAGCAGGCCGAACAGUGGGUGAAGAACUACGCAAAGGCGGUCAAGUAGUUCCAUCUUGCCCCCGCAUUCUAGAUUGUAAAUUAGGAUUAAGGCCAAAAGUUACAUACAGUGUUUUUUCAUGAUACUUUAUUCUAAAACUAUUUUAAAUGAAGUGUGAUUCCGAGUGCUACCUUUAAAUAUAUAUGUAUGAUAGUACCUAUAUAUUAUAGAAAUACAUAUAAAAACGUUGCUUUGGCCAUGACCCCUACACAUAGAAUGUAGGGCUGAUGCCAAUAUUCAACUUAAGACUUGAACAAUAA